AUGCAGUGGAGUAGGCAUGGGGAGGCAGGGGGAAGCAGGGAGGAAGCAGAGAGAAGCAGGGGGAAGCAUGGGGAGGCAGGGGAAGCAGGGAGGAAGCAGGAGAAGGCAGGGGAAAGCAGUCGGAAGCAGAGGGAAGCAGGGAGAAGCAGGGGGAGGCAGGGGGAAGCAGGGAGGAAGCAGGAGAUAGCAGGGGAAAGGAUAGGAAAGCAGUCAAAAACAAAGGAAAGCAGGGGGAAGCAUGGGGAGGCAAGGGAAAGCAGGGGAAAGCAGUCGGAAGCAGAGGGAAGCAGGGGGAAGCAUGGGGAGGCAGGGGGAAGCAGGGGGAGCAGGGGGAAGCAGGGGGAGCAGGGGGGAGCAGGGGGAGCAGGGGGAAGCAGGGGGAGCAGGGGGAAGCAGGGGGAGCAGGGGGGAGAGGCUACGUGUGUCUGA